CUCGUGUUUAGUAACACUUCGAACGUUUGUCGAUCUCCAUGCAGGAGGAGUGAGUAUUUCUCUGCUGCUUGGAUAGUAUUGUCCAAAUUUUUCGUUGCUUAGAGAGAUCUCUUCGUAGUUCGAAAGUCUGUUGCCAUUUCUUUUGCAAACGAAAUUUCAAUCUUGGAGAUCAUUGUGAUCGUUUAAGUGGACUUUUUUAUUUAUUUAACUUUUGUUUUUGAUUUUGUGCAAAAUGAAAACUCCCAGAGGCCUGUCCGGUCUCUUGGGUAGCCCGAACUUAUCCUACAUUUGGGCGGUGAUAUUUGCGAUUUAUCUAAUAUGCCUUUUCAAUGGUGGAUCCAGUUUUGUUGAUGCUAAGGUCUGUAAUCAAACACAAUGUGAUUGCAAAGGCUUAAAGGGAGCCCCUGGUAUGAUUGGUCCAGAGGGAGUUCAAGGAAUGGAAGGACCACCUGGUGAUUUCGGUCCUGUUGGUGCCUUCGGAAGAACCGGUGAAGAUGGUGAUGUAGGCGAAUACGGAACAAAGGGAGACAAAGGACACAGGGGUGACGUUGGUGAGACAGGAAGACCUGGACUUCAAGGACCAAGGGGACCACCUGGUGCUGAUGGACCUCAAGGACCACACGGUAUCGAUGGUUGUAACGGUCAAGAUGGUGCUAUGGGAAACCCUGGUAUACCUGGAGAACAUGGCCGACGCGGUCCAAUGGGAAAGCCAGGACAAGCGGGACCAACCGGUGAAGCCGGAGAUGGUGGUACAAACUCUAAGGGAACAAAAGGAGAUCGAGGUACAGAAGGUCCUGCUGGUAUAAAUGGUCCAGAAGGUCAUGCGGGAAUGAAGGGAAAUAAAGGUGACAUCGGAUUUGCUGGAUUAGAUGGACCCAAGGGUGAGAGGGGUCUGCAGGGACUUAAAGGUGACAAAGCGGAACCACAUGAUGCCCUCAUUGGAGUUGGAAUGAAGGGAGAAAAAGGAGAGCCAGCCGAUGAUAUUAGAAACUUCAAUAGAUUUACCAAACCGAACACCGAGAAGGGAGGAAAAGGUGAUAAGGGUUUACAUGGCAAUAAGGGAAUGAGAGGUUUGAUUGGUGAGUACGGUGAAACUGGACGUGAAGGACAGCCCGGACAGCGUGGUGAUGAAGGUGCACCAGGUGAACGUGGUAAACCGGGAAGAGUCGGUGAGGCUGGUGUUGCUGGUGAGAAAGGACACAAAGGUGCACCAGGUUAUCCUGGAGUUGAUGGUCUCAUGGGUCUUGAUGGUUCAACUGGAGAACAAGGUUACGAUGGAACCCCCGGUAUUCAAGGACCAAUGGGUCCACCUGGUAUCUACGAUCCUAAUUUGAAUGAAAUCUCUCCUGGAUCUGAAGGACCUCAGGGUGAUAUAGGUGAAAUGGGUCCUAUGGGUGUAAAUGGUAUUCCUGGACAGCCCGGACGCAGAGGACACAUGGGUCCCGCAGGACCACCUGGAGAUACUGGACUCGAUGGUCAUCAUGGAAAACGUGGAGUUUCAAUAAGAGGACAGCCAGGAGAUCGCGGUGAGAUUGGUGCACCUGGACCACAAGGAGAAAUUGGUCCACAUGGUCCAGUUGGUCGCCCAGGACAAACAGGAAACGAUGGUUUGAAUAUAAUGGGUCCCAAGGGUUACCCUGGUGACUCUGGUCGACCAGGCUCUCAUGGCUACAGAGGUUCUCCAGGUGAACCAGGUUUACCAGGUGAGAAGGGUCUGCCAGGUGAGGGUGUAGAUAUUGUUGGUCCACCUGGUCCAGAAGGUCGCCCCGGUACUCGAGGACCUCCUGGAACAGAUGGUUAUGAUGGAAGUCCUGGCUAUGUGGGAGACAAAGGUGAACGAGGAGAUGACUGUGGUGUGUGUCCACCAGGACCAAGAGGUCUGAAAGGAGCUAUGGGUGACAUUGGUUUCGCAGGAUUACCCGGUUUUCCAGGAAAACCUGGUUUAAGUGGUCCCAGAGGUCCAAAAGGACAAGCUGGAUUCCCAGGUAUGAAGGGAUUCAAAGGUGUUCAAGGUCCCAGUGGAAUUCCAGGAGAAACAGGACGACAGGGAUUACCCGGUAGAGAUGGUGGAAUCUUAACUAUUGGUAAUUUGCCAGCAACUGAAAAAGGAGACUUUGGUGAUAUUGGUGAGCGUGGUGAGCAAGGUGAACAAGGUGACAAAGGCUUCCCAGGAUAUCCAGGAAGACCUGGUGCCGUAGGCGAGUACGGACCACGUGGUGAAUUUGGAGAACCCGGUCUACCAGGUAAAGAUGGUCUAAACGGUUUAGAUGGAAGAGACGGAUUAAAGGGACAAGCAGCUGAUACUCCAUUAUAUUUCCUAAUCGGUACUCCUGGUUACGACGGAAAACAUGGACAAAAAGGAGAGCACGGUAGUUUUGGUUUGAAGGGUCAAAAGGGUGAACCUGGCCCAGGACCAAUUAUCGACAACAAAGGUGACAAAGGUGAUAAAGGAAACGACGGUCCUGCUGGACCUAUGGGUAUCAAAGGACAAGCUGGAGAAGAAGGUAUGGCUGGCAGGCGGGGUGAUAUUGGUUUGGUUGGGCCUACUGUUCAAGGAAUGCCAGGAAACAAAGGUUAUCCAGGUAUUCUAGGAGACCCAGGUAAACCUGGAGAGCCAGGAAACCCAGGAUUAGAUGGUGCACCUGGUUUAACUGGUACUCCAGGAAGAAAAGGACAAAGAGGUGAUCCUGGUCUUAACAUUCUGCCUGGUGAAAUUGGUAAAGAAGGUUAUCCUGGUCCAAAAGGACAAAUUGGUGAGAAGGGUUUCGCCGGCUUCCCCGGUCCCGCUGGUCGUCAAGGAGUUCGUGGAUACAAAGGUGAAAAGGGUGACGAUGGACCUCUUGGAUUAUAUGGUCUAGCAGGUAGAAAGGGACAGCGAGGAGAUUUCAUUCCAGGUCCUCCUGGAUUAGUAGGUGAACCGGGUCGUGAUGGCAGAACAGCACCACAUGGACAAAAGGGAGAAAAGGGUGAUAUUGGUCCAACUGGCCCAGUAGGUGUUCAAGGUGCAAAGGGAAACAUUGGCUUACCUGGACGCAGAGGAGAAGUCGGAGACGCCGGAGUACAAGGAAUUCAUGGAGUGCCCGGAAGUGAGGGUUAUCAAGGUAUUGCUGGCCUCCCAGGAGACCGUGGUGAAAUGGGUAUUGACGGACGUCAAGGAGACAUCGGGCCUAGAGGUGAACCAGGUCCAAUGGGACCUAAGGGUGAAAUGGGAAAUUUGGGAUACAUCGGACGUUCUGGAAAACCUGGAUUCAGUGGCCGUAAGGGAGAGAUGGGUGAUAGAGGUUAUAUUGGUGCCCAGGGAAGAAAGGGAGAACGUGCCUUUAGCGGUCUUAAAGGUGAAGAAGGUGUUCCCGGAUAUGUAGGCAUUCCUGGAUUGGAUGGUCGUCCUGGUGCAAAGGGUGAGCGUGGUCCAGAAGGAGACCCAGGCCUCGCUUUCAAUGGACAACAAGGUCCUAAAGGAGACAAAGGUUUGGAUGGUCUUAAUGGCCUGCAAGGAAUCAACGGAUCAAAGGGUGAACGUGGCGACUAUGGAGACACAGGUCUUCAAGGAGAAACUGGUGAACCAGGUAUGGAUGGUUUGCCCGCUAUUAGAGCAAGAGAUGGUUUUUACGGAAUUAAGGGAGAAAUGGGACCUCGUGGAGACUUUGGACCAAUGGGACCGAAGGGAGAUUACGGAGAACCUGGAAACUUUGGAAGACCUGGUCAAAAAGGAGAACAAGGAGAUCGUGGCUUCCAAGGUGAACAAGGAUUACAGGGAGAAAUUGGUGAUAUGGGAGAAGAAGGUAAACCUGGCCGUAGUUUGCGUGGCUUUGCACCAAAGGGAGACAAAGGUGAUGCUGGUCCUGUGGGCAGAACUGGUGACACAGGUGCUCAAGGUAUGCAAGGAGAUAUGGGAUACGCAGGUUCCAUGGGUGAACGCGGUGAUAUUGGGCUAGUUGGUGGUCCAGGAAUCGAUGGAAUUACUGGUCCAAAGGGUGAAAUUGGUGAACGAGGUAACCGUGGUCCCCAAGGUGCUUUCCCAGAAAAUGUCGAACGAGGUGAUGAAGGAGAAGCUGGAUACGAUGGACUUGUAGGACGACCAGGAAGAGAUGGACAAAAGGGAGCUCCUGGUGAACAAGGAGAUUACGGAGUUAACGGCUUGAUAGGUCUGCCUGGACCCCAAGUAGAAGGUAUCAAGGGUGUACGCGGAGACAUAGGUUUCACUGGUCCACCAGGAAGAAAUGGAUUAAGUGGUCAUGAAGGUGCUAAGGGCGAACAAGGAGAUAUGGGAAUCAAGGGUGAGCAAGGAGAAGUUGGUAUUGCCAUUAGAGGUCGCACUGGAGACGCUGGUGACGAGGGUUUCGCCGGUAUUAAUGGUUCUCCUGGAGCUAAGGGUGAAACUGGUGAGGUUGGACUUACUGGUCGCAUAGGAGCAAUGGGCUUGAAAGGACCUCGUGGUCUUGAGGGUGAUAUUGGUUGGAGUGGAAUUGAUGGUCUUCCUGGUUUGGAUGGUGAAAAGGGAGAAGCCGGUGUUACUUUCUCGUUUGAUUAUGCACUACCUGGUGAUCGUGGUGAGGCAGGUUUACCUGGUUUCAAAGGUGAAAGAGGAGAAAUGGGAGAAGCCGGAGAAGUUGGUUUGAGAGGUUACAUCGGAUUGAAGGGUCUUCAAGGAGAUGUUGGCCCAGAAGGACCCGAGGGACCCUACGGACCACCUGGAGAAAUUGGUAUGCAAGGUCCAGCCGGAUUCCCUGGAUCUGAUGGUCUUCAGGGAGAAGUAGGAGAGCGUGGUGACCGUGCUCCCCCACCACCCCCACCAAAAAGCCGAGGAUACAUUUUCGCACGUCACUCUCAAACUAUCCAAAUACCCGAGUGCCCAGCCAAUACAGGAAAACUUUGGGAAGGUUAUUCCAUUGCCGGUAAUAUUGGUAGCUCCAGAGCUGUUGGCCAGGAUUUGGGAGCUGCUGGAUCUUGUCUGAGGCGCUUCACUACAAUGCCAUUCAUGCUGUGUGACUUCAACAACGUCUGCAACUAUGCUCAAAACAACGAUGACAGCAUGUGGCUGUCUACUGCCGAGCCCAUGUCAUUAACAAUGGCACCAAUUCAAUCGAGGGAUCUAAUGAAAUACAUUUCAAGGUGUGUUGUAUGUGAGACCACAACAAAGGUUAUUGCCUUGCACAGUCAAAAUAUGUCUAUUCCAGAAUGUCCUCACGACUGGGAAGAACUUUGGACCGGUUACAGUUACUUAAUGAGUACUGCCGAUAACAGCGGAGGUUUCGGACAAAACCUAGUGUCACCUGGCUCAUGCCUGUUGGAGUUCCGCGCUAAUCCAGUCAUCGAAUGUCACGGACACGGUCGUUGCAACUACUACGAUGCUCUUGCUUCAUACUGGUUAAGUGUCAUCGAAGAGAAUGAACAAUGGUCAGUACCAAGGCAGAGUACACUUAAAGCUGAUCAAACUAGCAAAAUAAGCAGAUGUUCAGUAUGCCGAAGGCGAAAUAAUUCUUCAAUAAAUCGGGCCCCUAUCAUCGGACCAGGUGCUCAAGCAUUAACACGUGCUCAGCCACCCAAGCGUCGUCCAUACUAUCAAUAUUCGCCUCGUUACAGGCCAAACCAACGUCGUCCUCCACGUGAUAUUCAAGAAUCAUCAUACCUUGAUGAAAUAAUGGAGUUUGCAUUCGCAGCAAUUCUCCUCGGAACUCUUUUUGGAGCACAAGCACAAUCCCGGGCCAACAGUAUAUCAAAUGAUAUCGACAGUGAUUUUUAUAUCCCCGAAGACAACCAUGAAACCCUAAACACCCCCGAACCUAUUACCGAUUUGUUAGAUGACAAUACCGUAACAGCAAUUGAUCUCCCGAAAAACUUCCAAACGCAACCAAGGGCUAAAAAUUGUACAGGAAAUGUAAGCUGUAUACCGAAAUGCUUUGCUGAGAAAGGAAGUCAUGGGUUCCCAGGUCCACAAGGUUUUCCGGGGCUUAAAGGAGAAAUUGGGUAUGCGGGACUGGACGGACCAUCUGGGGAAAAGGGACAAAAAGGUGACCCAGGUGCAAUUGGACCCCGAGGUCCAAAAGGUGAACGUGGAAUUGUUGGAACUCCGGGAAUCAAUGGAAUCGAAGGGCUUCAAGGAUUUGUGGGCAUAGCCGGUGCACCAGGUUUGCAUGGAAUUGAUGGUUGCAAUGGAACGCAAGGUUUACCCGGUGCGAAAGGAAAGGCUGGUAUGGUUGGUCCAAGAGGUUUUCCAGGUUAUGUUGGUUUAAGAGGUGACAAAGGAGAACCAGCAAGAGAAAUUGGUGAUUUUGAUAAAGGUGCCAGAGGUGAACCGGGUAUGGAGGGAAGAUCUGGUCUGCCUGGACAAAGAGGAAUGAAAGGUCUUAAGGGAGAUCGUGGUUUCAAUGGAACUUAUGGUGAGCAGGGAUUGACAGGUUUUAUUGGUGUAAAGGGAGACAAGGGAGAAAUGUGUAUUCCUAUGCCACUUCCUGGAAUGAAGGGUCAAAAAGGUGCCAAAGGGGAUCCAGCUCAAUAUGAGGCUUUGACUGAUAAUGGUGGCCCCUUAUUGAUAAGCGGUGAAAAGGGUCAAAUUGGUGAACAAGGUUCGCCUGGUUUGAUUGGUGAGAAGGGUGAUAUCGGUUCUGCUGGGCUAGCUGGCAGAAACGGGAUGAAAGGUGAAAAGGGUCUUCCCGGGCCAACUGGACCAAGAGGACGUCAAGGACAUUUUGGAGCACCAGGUCCACUUGGUUUAAAAGGUGAUCGAGGAGAAACUGGAAUUCGAGGUUUGGAUGGUCCAUCUGGACCAAAGGGAGAACCUGGUGUGCCUGGAUUACCUGGACUUGUGGGUUUUAUGGGUCCCCGUGGUGCCCCUGGCGGUGGAAGAGGAUCUCCCGGACCACAAGGCCCGAAAGGAUCUCAAGGUUUACAGGGUCCUCAGGGACCACCGGGCUUAAACCAACCUGAUGGACCACAAGGUCCAAGAGGUCUUAUUGGAGAAAAAGGUGUUCCUGGCGCACCUGGCAUAGACGGUUUAGAAGGAAUGCCUGGUGAGAAAGGAGAAAAGGGAGGAAAAGGUUGGCCUGGAAGCACAGGCUUACAAGGACCUAAAGGAUUCAUUGGACCUCUUGGACAUGAAGGAGAGAAAGGUGAAUCCGGAAGUCCUGGAAUCGGCGCUGAAGGCAUGAAGGGUGAAACCGGAACACCUGGAGCACCCGGUGAAAAGGGUUACAAAGGAGAACGUGGAUUCCAAGGAGGUCGAGGUGUGUCAGGAGACUCCAUUCUAGGAAAACCUGGUAGACCUGGUGAACCAGGAAUACAUGGUGCCAAGGGAGAACUUGGACUUUCAGGACCCAGAGGAGAUAAGGGAAAUAAAGGUUAUAAGGGUGAUAUAGGAGGAAAAUGUUCAGACUGUCAGAGUGGAGAGAAAGGAGACAAAGGUGACCGUGGUACAGAAGGAAAAUAUGGAUUGCAAGGAAUGAUGGGUAUUGAUGGAGAGAUGGGUUUGCCAGGUGUGGACGGUGAUGAUGGUCUAGAGGGACGAAUUGGGUCUCCUGGACCAAGAGGACAGGAUGGUUCACCAGGGUUACCUGGACCAGAUGGUCCUCCUGGAAGUGAUAUAAUCCUUGAUUUAAGCUUGACCGUUUUCGAUAAAGGUUCUAAAGGUGAGCGUGGUCCACCCGGACUUGUUGGACCCAAAGGUGAUCAAGGAGAAAUUGGCCCAUACGGCUUGGUCGGACCCAAAGGUUCAACUGGACUGAAAGGAUUUAAGGGCUCACCUGGAAGGGAGGGUAAAGACGGAUUCCCCGGAAAACCAGGCAGACAAGGGAGAAGAGGACAAAAAGGUGAGAGUAUAAAAGGUGAUAGGGGUUUGCCUGGUUAUGAUGGCCAACAAGGUGACAAGGGAUCAAUAGGUGUCUCAGGACCAAAAGGAGAACCAAGCAUUUGUCCUCCUGAUGCAUUAAUUAUGCCACCGAAAGGAAAUAAGGGUGAAAAAGGAAUCCAGGGAAGAAUUGGACCCAUUGGACCUGUAGGGGAAAAAGGGGCAAGAGGAAGAACAGGAGAAAAGGGUGACAAAGGUAUCGUUGGACCUCUUGGAAUUAGUGGUCCCCGUGGACCAAUAGGGCCUCAAGGUUUUAAGGGAAUUCAAGGACCAGUCGGAUUCCCAGGACAACCAGGGAAAAAUGGACUGCCUGGAUUAUUUGGAUUGCCAGGUGAUAGCGGUGAGAAAGGUGAACAAGGAAUUUCUUAUCCGGGCCCACCCGGAAUCAUCGGUUAUCCUGGGCAAGGAGGUGUCAAAGGUGAACGCGGUCCUCAAGGAUUAUAUGGACAGCCAGGAAAAGACGGCGCGAUUGGAUAUCCUGGAGACAAAGGUGAGGCAGGUGCUCCGGGAAUUCCAGGCUUACCUGGAGACGUAGGAAUGGUUGGUGAUCUUGGGCCUGUGGGUCCUCAAGGUAUGACUGGACCUAAGGGUUUGGCUGGUAUAGAUGGAGUACAAGGGCGAAGAGGUAUAAGAGGAGAACCUGGAAUCGCUGGACCAGUUGGCAUGCCAGGACGAAAAGGCGAAACAGGUGAAAUUGGUGCUUUUGGUCCUAAGGGUUCUUCAGGAAGCAUUGGACGACCUGGUAUAAGAGGAGUUCAAGGGAAAACUGGUAUAGCUGGAUCCAAAGGAGACAAAGGUGACAGUGGUUUUAGUGGUCAAGACGGUUUCCAAGGACCAGUGGGUUACCCUGGAUUAAAUGGCCUGGCGGGUAUUAAAGGUGACAUAGGACCAAUGGGUCUACCUGGAAUCGAUGGAGUGCCUGGAUUUGAUGGAGAAAAAGGUGAUACUGGUCCAAAGGGUUUGGAAGGAGUCCCUGGAGCACCUGGACAUGUUUCAGAAAAGGGAGAUAAAGGUGAACCUGGCUCAGUUGGUCUCGAAGGUGCAAAUGGUUUAGAUGGACUCCAAGGCCCACCUGGACCCAAGGGACAAAAAGGAUACACUAGCUAUGGUAAAAUUGGAGCACAAGGACAAAAAGGUGAAGAAGGUCGCAUGGGUCUAAACGGGCCCCCUGGUUUAGAUGGAAUGAAGGGAGACAAAGGAUUUAUGGGACCAACUGGAACCAAGGGUGACAAAGGAGACGUUGGAUUGCCAAGUAUUCCUGGGUAUCCAUGUUUAGACGGCUCACCAGGAGAAUUAGGACCUAAAGGAGAACAAGGUAUACCUGGUGAUUACGGACAGAAAGGAGAGCCUGGUCUUGAUGGAUUUGAAGGUGACAAGGGAGAAAAAGGAGAAAUCGGCAAUGUGGGUGUUUUCGGAGCACCGGGUUUGAAAGGAGAGCGAGGAUACCCAGGACCUAAUGGCUUCGACGCUCAGCCCAUAAUUAUAAUCGGUGAAAAGGGUGAUGCUGGUGAAGAAGGGGAGACUGGUAUUAUUGGUUUGAUGGGUGAAAAGGGUAAUAUUGGUCUGACUGGAAAACAAGGCGAAAAAGGUGAAAGAGGUUUUCCAGGACUGGUCGGUCUGGCUGGCUUGAAUGGACCUCAAGGAUUAAAGGGUGACACUGGACCAGAUGGUGAGCCUGGAUUACCAGGUAUAGCAAUCAAAGGUGAAAAGGGUCUUCAUGGACGAUUAGGAAGGAGUGGACGCUUUGGAGCUAUGGGCCCUGUUGGUGAGAAGGGUGAAAAAGGAUGGGCUGGCUUAGCUGGAGUAAAUGGAAACAUGGGUCCACCUGGUCCAGAAGGUCCGCAAGGUGAAAAGGGUUCACAAGGACUUAUCGGAGUUGCAGGAAAGGAUGGACAAGAUGGAUUUACUGGUCCAACCGGACAAAAGGGCGAGUCUGGAUACAAAGGUGAAAAAGGAGACAUAGGGUUGCCUAGCUUCGAAGGAGAAAAGGGAGAUAAGGGUGAUAUGGGCUUCCAAGGGCAACCAGGGCGCGACGGAUACAAAGGGCAAAAGGGUGAAAUUGGAUUUGAUGGACUUACGGGAUUAGUUGGUUUGACUGGACCACAGGGUGAAAAAGGAAACCUUGGCUCCAAGGGGUAUGUAGGACGGGACGGAACACCUGGACCAAAAGGUCAAAAGGGUGCACCAGGUCCCUACCCAAGUAAUGGUCCCAAGGGUGAACCAGGUCCAUACGGAUCUAACGGCAUUAAGGGAGAUAAGGGUUUCAAGGGAAUUCAUGGAAUCACCGGGGCACAAGGUGAACGCGGAGAAAAGGGAGACAUAGGACCUGAAGGCUUACCCGGAUCAAUUGGUCGACCAGGUCCAAAAGGAGAUCUAGGUCUUCCUGGUAGGACUGGUUACGAUGGUGCCAAGGGAUUGCCUGGAUUAAAGGGAACAUCCGGAAGACCUUGCGGCCAAACUGCUUACUCAACCGGUAUACUUAUGGCCAAACAUAGUCAAACCGCAGAGGUUCCACGCUGUGAAAGUGGUCAUGUUGAAAUGUGGUCCGGUUAUUCUCUGCUCUAUGCCAAAAACAAUGAUUACUCACAUGGUCAGGACCUCGGAUCGCCCAGUUCUUGUGUUCGUCGCUUUACUUCGCAACCAUACUUAAGCUGCGGCAGCAAUGACAACUGUCAUACAGCUUCUCGUGCAGAUAACUCCUACUGGCUAUCAACAACAGAACCAAUCCCAGUUAUGCCACUUGAAAGCACUGAAAUCAAAAAAUACAUCUCUCGUUGUGUUGUUUGUGAAGUACCAGCUAAUGUGAUUGCAGUUCACAGUCAAACCAAAGACGUACCAAGCUGUCCCAGUGGAUGGGAUGACCUCUGGAUGGGUUUCAGUUUUCUUAUGCAUACUGACGUCGGCAACAGUGGAGGUGGACAAGAUCUCACAUCGCCUGGAUCGUGUUUGGAAUCUUUCAGAGCAGUGCCAUUUAUUGAGUGCAAUGGCAAAGAUGGAUUUUGUCGUUUCUUUGAAACUCAGUCAAGCUUCUGGUUGGUGACUGUCGAAGAAUAUCAACAGUUUGCUCCACCCGAGAUGGGUACAUUGAAGGCUGGAAAUAUGAUACCACGACUUUCUAGAUGUCAAGUCUGCAUUAAGAACUCUUGAUUACUGAGGAAAUAAUUUUAUUUUAUUUUGUUUGGUCAGUGUUAUUGAUAGUGUUGUAAUUUCAAUUUAAUUAAGUUAUUUUUGUUUUCUUUUUCAAUCUGAUACACAUCAUCAUGUUUUCUUUUAAGGUGUUUUCUUAAUCUUACCUACAUAAUAAUGAUAAAUAAUUGUUAUAAAAAUAGCCUUCAGACCUUGACUUUUGUCAUUCCGAAUAUCUCUUUAUUUAACCAUAUAAUGUAUGUAUUGUAUGUAAGCUUUGAAAAAUUGUUCGGUGGAAGCUGUUAAAUAUAAUAAACGAUUUACGAACAAUUUA